AAAUGUCAGCGUGGUGGGGACUGAUGAGGUGUGUCCUCGGCAGGAUGGAUUCUUGCUGCCAGCUUUGGCCGUGGGCAUUAUUUGUACUGCUGGCUGCCCCGUGGCUCCUGGAGGCACAGGGAGCCUGUCCCCAGGGAGCCUGCUACCCCCCUGAUGGAGACCUCCUGCUGGGACGAGCCCAUCUCCUCAGAGCUUCCUCCACCUGUGGCCUCACCAAGCCUGAGACCUACUGCACACCCCAUCGCGAGUGGAGCAUGAAAUGCUGCAGGUGUGACUCACGGCUGCCCCACGUCUACAACGGGCACCGUGUGGAGAACGUCCUCUCCUCUGCGGGGCACUCGCGCUGGUGGCAGUCCCAGAACGGCAUCGAGCAUGUCUCUCUGCAGCUGGACCUGGACCAGACCUUCCAACUCAGCAGCAUCCUGCUUCACUUCAGGUCUCCCCUGCCUGCUGGCAUGCUGGUCGAGCGCUCCACCGACAUGGGCAGGACCUGGCAGGUGUACCAGUACUUGGCCUCCGACUGCGCCGCUGCCUUUCCCCGCGUCCCCCGGGGCUCCCCCGAGAGCUGGCAGGACCCUCGGUGCCAGACACUGCAGGGCUCCCCCGGGCACGGUGGCACGGUGAAGUUCAGCAUCCAAGACCUGGCAUCUACCAUCACUACCUCUUACAGCCAGACUGUUGAUAACCUGGGGCAGUUCACCAACCUGCGGAUCAACUUCACCGAGCUCCCCCACAUCCCACGCCAGGGCUACCACUCUCCCAGCACCUUCUAUGCCGUGACAGAGAUGCGGGUGCUGGGGAGCUGCUUCUGCCAUGGCCAUGCUGACCACUGCACCUCUUCAGGAGACCUUCAUGGUGUGCAGGUGCCCGGGCACUGCCUGUGCCAGCACAACACUGCUGGUCCCCACUGCGGUCACUGCGCUGCCCUCUACAACGACCGGCCCUGGGCCCCCGCGGAGGACAACGAUCCCCACGAGUGCCAGAGGUGCAACUGCAAUGGUCACUCGACCUCCUGCCGCUUCGACCCGGAGCUGUACCGCGCCAGCGGAGGGGUGAGCGGGGGGGUCUGUGACGAUUGCCAGCACAACACCGAGGGCAACCACUGCGAGCGCUGCAAAACCAACUAUUUUCGCAACCCGCAGCAAGAUCUCGCCCAUCCUGAAGCCUGUCUGCCCUGUGAGUGUGACCCGGACGGCACCGUGCCGGGCUCUGUCUGCGACCCGCUGACAGGGCGCUGUGUCUGCAAGGACAACGUGCAGGGGGAGCGCUGCCACCUCUGCAAGCCGGGCUUCGCACAGCUGGCCAACGCCAACCCCCUGGGCUGCCGCAGAUGUACCUGCAACGUGCUGGGAACGCGGCAGGACCUGCCCUGCGACGACGAGACAGGGAGGUGCUUCUGCCUGCCCAACGUGGUGGGCAGCGACUGCGACCAGUGUGCGGCCGAGCACUGGGAGAUGGGGAGUGGCCAGGGCUGCCGGCCCUGCGGCUGCCACCCCCACGGCUCCCGCAGCCCCCACUGCAACCAGUUCACAGGACAGUGUCCGUGCAGAGAAGGCUUCACGGGACGCACGUGCUCUGCCCCUCAGGAGCAGGUUUGCCCAGACAGGCACUAUGGAGAUGUCUGGGUGGGGUGCACAGAGUGUGACUGUGACUUCCAGGGCACAGUGGAGGUGGGUUGUGAGAAGACCUCGGGCCAAUGCCUCUGCCGCCCGGGUGUCACGGGCCCCCGCUGCGACCAGUGCCAGCGGGGCCACUGCAGCAGCUACCCCGGCUGCCAGCUGUGCCACCCCUGCUUCCGAGCCUACGACGGGGACAUCCAGCGCCUCCGCCUGCGCCAGGCCGGCCUCGGCAACUCCACCGCCCGCCUGCCCCCGGGGGACGGGGGGUCCCGCUUCAGCCCCCGCCUCUCGCAGGCGGAGAACAAGGUGCAGCAGGCGCAGGGCAUCCUCGGCCACUCCCCCCCGACAGAGCAGAGCCUGGCCCGGGUGGGCAGCGCCCUCGCUGCCAUCAGAAAGCAGGUUCAAGGUAUAAAUCCUGACCUUCGUUUUCUGGAUGAGACUGCCUCUCUGUCAAGAGAGCUCGAAGCCCUCAACAGCAGCUUGCUUAUCACUAACACCCAGUACCAGAGCAAGAAGAGCCAGUUUGAAACCAGCCGCAGCACGGAUCUGUCAGGAGCCUUCAAGACAAUCAGAUCUGCUUACCAGACCUCCACCAAUGCCAGCAGCCUUGUUGCUGGCACCUCCGGGCUGCUGGCCGAGUCCCGGGAGAGCCGCAGGAGCGCGGCGGCGCUGGAGCAGGGGCUGGCGGAGUCCAGUGCCAAGCUGCUGACCCUGAAGGGCCAGAUCGCCUCAUCUCCCAACCUGACCCCGGUCAUAAAUCAGGUCUGCGGUGGUUCCCGAGUGGAGAUGUGCACCCCGGCCCACUGCGAGGGGCUGCUCUGCCCACCAGACCCCAGCCCAGCCUGCGGGGCCGGCCAGUCCUGCCGCGGCCUCCUCCCCGUCUCCCGCGGGGCCCUCAGCUCGGCCGGGGAAGCCAACCGGGAGCUGCGCAGCCUGAGCGCCCGGCUGCGGGACACGGCGCAGCUGAUUGAGACGACAGAGACGUCUGUGAAUGAGAUUCAAAGCAACACCCGGCGGCUGGUGGAGCAGGUGACAGUGGCAAGGACCCAGAUUGAAGGAGACGUCCGGCGCAUCCAGCAGUUCAUCCAGCAAGUCCGGAGCUUCUUGUCAGACAAGGACAUGGACCCUGCCACUAUCCAGCAGAUCAGCGAGUCUGUUCUCUCCCUGCGCCUCCCCACGGAUGCUGCUGCAGUCCUGAGGAAAAUGACUGAGAUCCAAAAUAUGGCGACUAAGCUGCAGUGCCCAGAGAACAUCCUGGCCCAGACGGCCGAGGACAUGGCCAGGGCCAAGCAGCUGCAGCAGCAGGCAGAACAAGCCAGGAACCGGGCUAAUGCCGUGGAGGGCAACGUGGAGGAGGUGCUGGGAAACCUGCGACAAGCCAACACGGUGCUCCUGGAGGCCCGGGGAGCCAUCAGGGGCUCCAGCUCCUCCCUCCGCUUCAUCCAGGAGCGCGUUGAUGAGAUCGAGGCCGUUCUUGGUCCCGCUGAGAAGAACCUGCAGGCCAUGGUGGCCCAGCUGGAGGGGCUGGGGGAGCAGCUCUCGGUGCUGCAGGGCAGGGCGGCCCAGAACCGGCUGCGGGGCAGCGAGGCGGGGCAGACGGGCAGCGAGGCGGGGCAGCGCGCCCGCAGCACACAGCAGGCUUUUGAACAAGUGAAGCAAAUGUACACUGAGCUGAAGGGAAGGAUGGAGCAGAGCCCAGCCCUGGGAGAGCAGGGCAGCAGGGUGCAAAGCAUAGACCUGGAGGCACAGGCUCUCUUUGAGGAAACUUUGGCCAUGAUGCUCAGGAUGGAAACUUUAGAGGUGGAAAUUCAGGAAAGCAACAAGGCUUUGAUGUCCAAGUCAGCCAGGCUGUCAGGCCUGGAGAAGCAGGUGGGAAUGAUCCGAGAUGCCAUCGCCAAGCGAGUCGCCUACUACGAGAGCUGCUCCUGAGCAGCUGCCCAUGCCCCCAUGGCACGGCCUUCCUCCUGCAGGCACUGACUGCUGGAUUGAUCCCCAUUUUCCAGCUGGAGUUCUCGUGUGCCCAAUGUCUCUAUUUCUAGCAAACUGAGUUUCCAUACCUCUGGAAAAUAGCUGCACUGAGCCAAAGGAGCAGCCCCCUGGAGAGGGCUCACCUUGGCUGGACUGCCUGGAGCUGCCGGUGGUUGGAGAUAGAAGAGGGAGAGACAUUGUCUUCCAUUGCAAAUAAAAACAUCCCCAAAGCUGUUAUUCCCAAAGGGGUUUAUAAACCAAGACAUUCUUCCUUUUCCUUGUUUUAGGCUAUUCAAGCUCUUGAAGCUGAAUGUCACUUUUCAAAUUAAAACCCUCAUGUGGGGCCCUUUCAUACUUUUUA